UCUCCACCUCCCACAGAACCACGAAGAAGAAGACGCUGCAGCAUGAAGGCCUCUAUGAUGAAGGCAGUCUAUGCUCAUGACAGAAGCGACAGAGCUGCUUCAUGCGCCUGUAAAGGAAUCAGAAGGUGUCUCAUCUGUGACAAGUUGAAGGGAGGAGAAGAGUUAGAGGCGAAUGAAUCAAAGAUUGUCCAUCAUUUCCUCUACCACCCUGAGACGGGGUUUGCUGUGUGCAGAGAUGUAGAGGGUACGUCUUUCCCCUUCCCUGGAGUCUUCCUGCAGGAGAACUUCAUAUCAGAAGAGGAGGAGAAAGAACUGAUACGCACGAUGGACGAGGAUGUCUGGAAUGAAUCCCAGUCCGGUCGGAGGAAACAGGACUUUGGGCCAAAAGUAAACUUCAAGAAAAGGAAAGUGCGUUUAGGAGGCUUCAGUGGACUCCCUGCUUUGAGCCAAAGACUAGUUCUCCGAAUGCAGCAUAAUCCGAGUUUAGCAGACUUCCAGCCAGUGGAGCAAUGCAAUUUGGAUUAUAAUCCUCAGCGGGGCUCUGCCAUCGAUCCUCACCUUGACGACUCCUGGCUGUGGGGGGAACGCCUGGUCACCGUCAACAUGUUAUCCACCACUAUGCUCACUAUGUCCCUUGAACAGGGUGCAACAGAGUUGGGACUAGCAGAGGAAGUCCAAGUAGCUGUGCCUCUUCCUCGCAGAUCUUUGGUGGUGUUACACCGCGAGGCGAGGCAUAGAUGGAAGCAUGCUAUUCAUAGAGAGGGUCACGAGCGCAGAGUCUGCAGCACCUACAGAGAGCUCUCUGCUGAGUUCCUACCUGGGGAGCAGGCAGAGCGGGGAGCUCAGCUAUUGGACAUUGCUUUGAGUUUCAAAGGAACUCCAAUAUAGAGUCAACUGAUGCACCAGAGGAGGUUCAAGAGCACAAAGACAUGGUUUGAGUUAUGGCAUUCUGACUAAGAAGAAGCUGUGACUGAGCUUUGGUUCAUAGAUGUCUUCCAAUGUUAAGUCUAAGCCACACAGGAGCUCAGCUGGCCCCAGCUGAUCUGAAGCUGAGCUGCUCAGCUGCUGCAGGAAAGAGAGGCUUCAUUACUGAUGCUGAAGUGAAAGUCAUCCUCCUCCUGCGGUGCUGCUGCAGCUCACAUGUUGUCACACACACCUUUUAAGGGACAUAGCAGGGUUCUGUUUUAUGAUUGAGCUCAUUUAUAACUUAUAAAGCAGCUUGUAUAUUACAUAAAGACUCAAUCAGGCUUUAAAAAAACAUUUAAAGAUGUUGAUUAAAUUAACAUUUUUCUGGAUACUUUCAAAAUCUCCAGCCAGCUUUAUGAACCAUUCUCCUUCUCUGUUUGAUUUUACACUGGGUCUCUGUAAUGUUAUGAGCCAUACAAUUUAAUUUAUUUUUCCUUUUCAUUUAAUUUGCACACCUUCUCUUUUUUUUCCCUUUUUUUACAUUUGUAUUUUACUGCACUUUAUGGUUUUAUUUUAAUUGUACUCUAUUAACAAUUAAUUAAUAAUUAAUUAGAUAUCUCUCAUUCUCACAGUUUUUGCUCCAUAAAGUAACCCCCAGCUUUGUUUAUUUGUUUCACUCCAGCUCUGAAGUAUUAAAGUGAUAUUAAAUUCUGUCAGGUAGACGGGGAUUGAAGGUGGAUGAGGGGAUGGGCUAAAAAUAUUUCUUAUAUCUUAUCUACGCUAUGCUGUACAUUUUGUUCAUUUGUUAAAAAAUGUGUACAAAUAUUGAGAAAAAGAUGUAUAAUAAAUUAUAUUUUUUAUUCA